UUAUAAGGUAGCAGACGAACAUCGAAUUGUAUUUCACUAUAUUCAACUUUGUUUUCGUUAAUUUAUGAUAGAACGUUCAUGAAAAAUACGUGUAAGUGAUAUUCUAUAAAGAUAUAUAAAUAAGACUUGUAUUUGAUGUUUUAAAUAAAACAAAUGAGAUAAAGUGACAUCAAACGGUGUAAAAUUCAGAACAAGGAAGUAAAUCAUUUUCCAUGAAUAACUUGGGAGAUAACAGCGUAUUUGUUUUCGUUAUGCAUGAUAGCAAGGUCAACGUUACCUGGUGAUUUUUAAACAUUUAAACUAUAUAAGAUACGCUAUAACUUGUCUUAUUUUGGCGGAUAUAUUUGCCGCUUAAUAAACGAACCUUUAUGGGAAGUUCGUUUGGGGUAUUGUUUACAAGUUUCCGUUCGUUUCACAUUAAACAUGGAAUAGAUAAAUAAAUAUACCACGGAAGACAAAGAAAAUAAUGUCAAGCAGAUCAUGCGAAACCGCGGGUGGCGGAAAUGAACACAGACGUGACGAACAGACUGAAGAAAGAUCACAACUACCAACUGCACAAAAGCUUUUGGGAUAUGUAACAAGCCAAACAAAUCCUUUGGCCAAAUAUGUCGAAGAAAUUACAAGCCAGGUUCAUGCAGUCGUUCAAGAAACUGAAAAGGUUACAGUGCGGUGUCAUAAGGAAGUGGAAGCGUCCACACGAAAACUGUCCGAACUUGAAACGAAAAUCUUGGAUUCUGAAAAAAAAUGUGAACGAUAUCGGAAAGAAAGAGAUGAGUUGAGACAAAGGGCAUCGGGAGAUCGAGAAGUGCAACAAUUAAAGCGGGAGCUAGCAGAGCAGAGGCAUAAAUAUGAUCGGGACCACAAAGAGUGGGAAAAGAAGCUUAAGGACUUAGAAGAAACUAAUGACGCUAUUAUAAAGGCUCAAAAGUUGCAAAUUGAUCAGGCUCAAAGAGAUUUAAGACAUAGAGAGGCAGAUGUUGUAAGACUCAAGGAGAAGAUAGAAGACAGUAAAUUUGGUUUCAGCGACAUAAGUGUACUUCGAAAGAAAUUAGAAGACAGUCAAAAGCAACUGAAUGAUACAAACGAUAAGCUCCACUGGGCUAAAACUAAAUUGAAAGAGACCGAGAAAGAACUUGAUGAUACUAAAACAAGGUAA